AUGGAUUGGGUUGCUGUUAUUGUUGAUCUUGCUGUUGCCUUCAUUGUUGUUGUUGUUUCCUUCAUUGUUGUUGCUAUGGAUAAAGGAAAGAAACGGAUGAACUAUAUUUCCAAUACGGGACGACCCUCUGCUAAGUGGAAUGACCAUACACAUCUACAAUUUAUAGAGCUAGUAGAACAAGAGAUUCAAAAGGGAAACAGGCCAGGAUCAUUUAUAAAUAAGGAUGGGUGGAAAAAUUUGGUCAAGAUUUUUAAUGAAAUAACAAGAAAAUGUUAUGACAACAAGCAAUUGAAAAACCACUGGGAUUCUAUGAAGAAGGAAUGGACACUAUUUAAGCAAAUGAUGCGAGGAAAGUCAGGUUUGGGGUGGGACGAAUCAAAGAAGACUAUUGCGGCAGAAAAUGCUUGGUGGGAGCAGAAAAUUAAGCACACUGAGGAUAUAAAUGAUCUUGGAGAGCCAUUUGGUAGGGAUCAAAGCCCCAUUGAUGCUGCAACUGGUGACGAUUUGUUUCUAGAACCAAGUUGGCAACAAGGGAGAUCAUCGGCCCCUAAAAGGGGUAGGAAGGAAAGGAUGUCGAGUGCUGCCAUGUUGAGGACAAAUAUUGAAGACUUAAUGCAGCUAUACACUAAAAGCACAAAUACUACGAACUCUGUUGCUAGACCAGAUGCAGAAAGCAUUCCAAAAUGCAUGGAGGUAUUGCAGCGUCUCCCCAUUCAGGUUGGGUGUAAGUUGUGGAAUUAUGCUUGCACCCAUUUUACCAAGCCCCCGAAUCGAACUGUCUUCAUAAAUCAACCAUCUGAUGAGGCAAGAUUUGCUUGGUUGGACUACCUCCAUCAGUUGUUUGAAGAUCAUCGGCCUCUACCAUGA